UGCCUUGGCUUGUUGCAGGUGCUGUGUCUGGGGAAAGCAGCUUUUCCAAAGCAGGCAUUUACAGUUAGCAGGUCAGCAGCCUUCAGGGAGAACCCCAUCUGUGCUGUAGGUGGCACACUGCUGAGCUGCAGCAGACAUUACCAGUCACAGCCAACCCAUGGCAUCGGGAGAUUCAGACACCUGGCACCAAAGAUCGUAAGGAAGCGAAGAGAAAGAAUACAGAUGAAGGAGAUAAAUCCCGGGACAGAUUAUGAAUAUGGAGAUUUGAACAUAGAGAUAACUGGCUAUGAUAUGUGCUUGGUGGAAGGUUAUGCUCGAUUUGUUCAUAAACUCUGCAAAAACCUGUCCGUCAGAGUGAUUGGAAGCUACGCGUUGCCCACGAAAACCACCGAGGUGAUGGUAGUACAGGAGAUGGGGAACAAGAUGUACAUGGAUGCUGUUCUUACCACCCACCAGCGAGUGGUUCAGGUCAGGAGUCUGAAUGCAACUUUUGCUCCUAUCCUCUUGGAAAUUAUGCAGAGUAACCAGCCUGAAGGCGUCCGUCUGUCAGUGAAAGAGGUACAUUGGGUUGUAUUGAUGUGUUUGCCUUCAGAAAGCCUUUAUUAUAGGCAAGGUGAAGUCUGCCUCUCGGGAACGCUGUAUAAGGGCUUGCUCCAUCUCUUUCGUUGGCUGGUUGCCUCUUCCAUUGCCCAGUGCCUGUUGGAAUGAGGCCUCCGUGUGAAC